GCCGAACCAGUCCACCGUCUCCUCCAUCCAGAACCAGAACCAGACCCAGCGAGCACCAUGGCAGCGCCGCCAGGCCGCCGCGCCUCGCCGGCGGUGCUCCCGGACGAGCUUGUCGAAGAGAUUCUCCUCCGCCUCCCGCCCGACGACCCGGCCUGCCUCUUGCGCGCGUCCGUCGUUUGCAAGUCCUGGAGCAGCGCCAUCUCCCACCCCAGCUUCCGCCGCCGCCUCCACGAGCUCCACCGCACACCCCCCGUGCUCGGCUUCUUCCACAACUGGUACGAAGAUGGCGGCCCCCGUUUCGUCCCAACCACCGCCUCGUCCUUCUCCCUCGCCGCUCCAGAUUGGCGUUCUUGGCGGGCCCUCGACUGCCGCCACGGCCGCGCCCCCUUCCUCUCCAAGUGCCUGGAUACUCAGGAAAUCCUCCUGUGGGAGCCAAUCACGGGCGCACUGCAGCGCAUACCGGUGCCCGCCAAGCUCGCGAGGUCGAACGCGGCUGUGCUUUGCGCAGUUGACGGGUGCGACCACCGCCUCUGCCUCGGUGGCCCUUUCCGCGUUGUUUUCGUCUUCUCCGGCGGGGAAGACACUGAUGAGUAUGACGACGAGGACUAUGUCACUUCGGCUUGUGUGUACUCCUCGGAGACUAGCACCUGGGGCGAACUGACCUCGGUGCCCGGCAAGUACUCCAUGUGGUUUACACAUUUUUCAAGCGUGCUCGUGGGGAGGUCUUUGCUCUACUUCAUGUCCAACAAUGAGUUCAUCCUGGAGUACGAUUUAGCAAGGCACGGCUUGACUCUGUUGGACACACCAUCAACAGACUCCAGCCGCGCGUAUGCGUGGGCAUUUAACCUCAUGCUAGCGGAGGACGGUGGACUGGGAGUUAGCGAAAUUGUCGAUCCACUUCUCAAGCUGUGGUCAAGGGGGGCAAGUGAUGGCACUAAUGCACGAUGGGUACUAAGCCGGGUCAUCCACCUGGGCAAUUUGCUUCCUAUUGGCUUUCUGGAUGUAGAUGAUAGACUGUGCGUGGAAGGCUUUGCCGUGGGAGCAAAUGUAAUUUUCAUCAGUGCGGCUGCUGGCCUCUUCAGAAUUGAGCUACAGACAGAGCAAGUGAGGAAGGUGUGCGGUGAUCGUUGCAUUGGCGAUUGUAAUCUGAUUCCAGUUGUCAGCUUCUACACUCCACAUUCUAGCCUCCAAGCACUCAGGGGCAAACAACACGACCUAUUGUUGCCGCUGAACCCAACUGAAGAUAGGGGUGGUGUGGAGGCAGGAGAGGAGGAGGAGAAAAUACUAGAGCGGGCGCAGGAGCUGUUCGAUAAGGGGUGCAAGGCCAUUGAGGAUAGGGACUUCACCAACGCCAUUGACUGCUUCAGCCACGCCCUCGAGAUCAGGGUUUCACAUUAUGGAGAACUUGCCCCGGAGUGUGCUAGCACGUUUUACAGAUACGGACAUGCCUUGGUAUGCAAAGCUCCAAAGGUGAAAAAUCCUUCCGAUAAGGUUUUGAAGAGUGUACCAAAUGAAGAAUUAGUCAAAACUACAGCUACUACAAGCAAAGAUGAUUCUGGGAGCUCAGAACCUUCUGGUUGCAGUAUUGAACCUGUUCUACCUUCAGAGAAAGGUGAUGCUGAAGAAAAAUUGUACUGUAUAUCACUUGCAUCACUCUGGGACGUAUAUCACUGUAUUUUGCAUUUCUUUCUAUUUUUCGUAUUGAUAUUGUCUUGCAUUAAUGUUUUCUUUGAGAAAGCCAUGGGGUUAGUUGACAUGACACUACUACUGCUCCAUACACUGAGAUACACCUGCAUCCUUAUUAUCUAGUAGUAUGUGGUUGAUAACACAUUACUACUACAAUUUCUUGAAUCUUCACCAUCAUUCCGCACAAGAUCAUUUAAUAAAUUUUGUUUUGUUAAUGGAUCUAAGGUGAAAUUUGUGCACCAUAAGAUGCAGAAACUCAUAAAAGGGCUUUUUAUGAAUUGACCAUACAUGGAUGUGUCUGGUUCUAUAUGUCUGUUAUUUGCCUUCGACAAUUAUAUAUUUACUUUUGUCUUGUACAGCUGGAAUGGCAAUGCCAGAUUAAAUAAGUAUAGAUCUAUGGAUCGCUGGAUUUAUUCUAUUUGUUAAGAGUUCCUCUUUUUGCAACCAUGUCUUACAGAAACUAAGCAAGAUCUGAAUAAUCCAUUACACUUCCAUCAAAAUUCCAAUUAUUUCCUUUGAAUGCGCUAAUGCAUUAUAUGUUCACAGUGUACUGAUUAAAUUGGAUUACUUGCGCAUCUGUAU